CGGCGGCAGUUCUUGUUUGGCGGUGAAAGCGAAUGCACGUGCGUGAAAGGAUAUGUGCGCUGUCUCGCGUCGAAAGGCAUGUAAAGGAUUGCGGCAUAUUAUGAGGGAAAACGUAAUAAACUCGUGCUGAAACUUCGGUUGAUUCUGGAUUCGGGGUAAUAAUUUAGGAGGAAAAUGGCAACCAAUGAGAGACUUUCAAAUUUCGUUGAAAAAUAUAUUCAGUUGGGAAAGCAAGGACAUAAGUGAUGUAAAGAGCAUAUGUAAUAAAUACAAAAAUAAUUACAACUUGCGGCAUUGUGCAAAAAAGUUUUCAAGUGAAGUGAGGUGGUUGACAUCCAUACAUAUUUGAAAAAUGAAGCCUACAGUUGAAAACCAAAAAAUCAUGUCUCUCAAAAAAUUAAAUAUUAUGUGUCUAAAUAUCAAAUUAAAUAAUUCCAUAUAUUAAAAGCCCUCGCAGUAUUGAUCAUUUGUCUAAAUACUAGUGCAUAAGUGACCAAUAAUUGGAAAAAUUUGGUAACAUCGACAUGCUAUUGUUCAGGCAUGAUGCAUGAUCGGGACCACCUAGCAGUUAAAUAACGGCUGAUAUAUAAAUGUAUUAAAAGUUGGUAAAAAUAAUUGUAUAAAUUAAUUAAGAAUCAUUAAAGAAGCUCAUAAAAAUGUGGCACAUCAAUUGCUUUUGCGGAUAUAUUAACUCAAGAUACAAUGGCGCGAAAAGUGCGACAUAAGUGAUUUGUUGUACUAAAACGAUCAAGCUUAAGGAUGCUAUUGAAUGAAGAACUCUGUAGACGUAUGUACGUGUGGUAUUAGCAAAGGAAACAAAAAAUGAAAUUCUCAUUAGAGGCUCGAAUUUUUUUACUCAGUGUUAGUUUAUUGGAUGGUCUAGCCGGUCUGCGUCUGGUGAAGGUCUCAAUACCAGCUUUCAAAUUUCGCGGUGAGUCUGCCAUGCUCGAAUGCCAAUAUGAGUUGAAUCGCACGGGCGGCCCGCCAUAUUAUGGUGGCGUCGGCAGCAACAUCGGAAGUGAAGUUCUAGUCAGUGACGCUGGCAACCGACAACGCAGUUACACACGAACGCGCACACGCACGAACACACGCAACCGUUAUGGCGGCAACAUGCACUUCUUCGAUGCACAUCACUUUGUGGCCAUGAGGCCGAAGUUUAGGCGACACAAACGUCAAUACUCCUACCAAACAGAGCGACUGCAAAUGCAUCAACAACAGCAACAGCAGCAAGAGCACCAGCAGCAACAACAAUACCAGCAGCAGCAUCAAACCUAUCCAUAUCAGCCAUCGCAAAGUUACAGCAGCAGCAGUGGUAGCAGCAGCAGCGACAUAAAUGGCGCUGGCAGUUAUUAUCAGCAGCAACAGCAAAAGGAAGAAGACGAGCAACAGCAUUACCCAUAUCAAACGCAGCGCUCUCCCUACGGGCAUAGCGUUUAUCGCGGCGCGGCCUUCAGCCAAGCGUUGGGCAUACCCGGCUUCAGUAAUAGCGGCGUCAGCAGCAGUAGCAGCAGCAGCAGCAGUGGCGCGCAUGUUGGCGCCAGUACCUUCACUAGCGGUGCGCGCGGUGCGACGGCGGAGGGCUCAUCGCAUCGCUACAAAUUCGGCGACGGCGUCGAUGAUGACGAGGAGGCCGAGGAGGAGGAUGACGAUGUAGCGGAGGACGAUGAGGAUGAGGACGGUGAGGCGUUGUAUGCCAUAAAAUGGUACAAGGACAACGAGGAGUUCUAUCGCUUUGUGCCGAAAGCGCGCCCGCAGAAGACGAGUUAUCGCUUUGAUGGCAUACGUGUCAGUGAGGAGCACUCAGACAGUUGGCGCGUCUUUCUGCGCGGCUUGACGCUCAACUCAUCCGGCUUGUACCGUUGCGAGAUCUCAGCUGAGGCGCCCAACUUUUCCUCGGUGCAGGGCGAGGGCCGCAUGGACAUCGUAUUUUUGCCCCGCGAUGGUCCACAUAUCCGAGGUCAACAAAAUCAAUAUCAAAUAGGUGACACCUUAGCGCUGAACUGCACAUCGGGCAAGUCACAUCCGGCAUCACGACUACAGUGGUUAAUCAAUGAUCAGCCGGUGGUCGACGACAGCUAUCUGGUAGCCUACAAUGACACCGUGCACAAACAUGGCCUCAUAACGUCAAUGCUCGGCCUUGAGUUGACAGUUGAUGGACGUCACUUUCAGGACGGCGAGAUGCGCGUGAAAUGCCUGGCCAGCAUAUCGCCGGUGCUGUGGAGCGGCGACAAGGAGAGCGUGUUACAGCGACGGCGCGGCAUUAUUGACAACCGAGAGGCAAUGCUCCUAGUACGUGGUGCUGCCGCCCGGCUACAUCCUUUGGGUAAUUUCCUCUCCAGUCUGCGCCUGCUGACCGCCGUCACAACACUAACAAUAAUAUGUCAAUUACUACUGAGCACCGACCGAGCAUAAACGCAACAAAUUAGCCACACACAUCAACACUAAGACAUACCUGCAUCAGCACACACGCACAAGCGUGCGCAAUAACGGAAGUCAAUAAAACACAAAAUAGCAUAAGUACAGUUAACCAAAGACAAACUAAAUAUAAGUUAGUGCAAAGCAAAUAAAAGUGUGUAGGAAACUGCAACUACAAGUCUUACAGCGAGUGUGUUAAAGAGUAUGCGCUGACUUUGUGGUCGGCGUGGCGUAUACGCAACAUUGCAUUGAGCUAUAGUGGCUAACUUGCAUAUGGUUAAGUUACAGUUAAGGUUUGUGAAAUACUUUGUGCUAGCAAUAAAUUGAUUUAUUCAGUAGAAAUCGCAUGAAAUUAAGCGAAAUACACGCAGAGAAGUUUGGUUGUUGAAAAUACUGUAAAUAUAUCUAUAUUACAUAAAAACUAUUACAUAAUAUAUAAUUCAAUACAAGUAUAAAUGUAAGCAAAAGGCAGCGCAAAAUUGUUAUGUAUAUUAGAUCCAAAAGUAACUUUAAAAAAAAGCAAAUUGCAAUGUAAGUAAGCCAAUAUUCAGAUUCAAUUUUCACAGCCUUGAAAUGAGUUUUGUUUUAUUUUGUUAAUCAAUGGAAAAUAAUUCCGCUUGUGUAUUCAAGUACCACAGAACUUCUGCUUUCAUCUAAAAUUAGAAUGAAAAAUGAAUUAAAUACACUACUGCAAUGGCUGCUGUCUCCUCCUGAUAUUUUUCUUUUGAAAUUGCGCUCGCUGAUUUCAAGAGAAUAAACAUUUCUUUCCAUUGAACAGCCGAAUUCCUUCAGUUUUUGUAAAAAGCAGCAAGUUUGAUAGUCUGUUUGCUGAAAGUUUGCCUGGCGAUUUUAUGCAUUAAGUCAAUGCGUUUAAGGCGCUUUUUUAAUUUCAAAAACAGCAAAAAAUAACUGGCGAAUACAGAGGCUGAGCUCUCGCUUCUUGUUUGGUCAAAAAGUCACUCCUAAUCAUCGUAGCAUAAAACGGCACAUUGAGGACUUUUGGUGCAAGUCUAGCGUUGACACGCUUCAUAUCCAAAACACUAACCAAAAUGAGUUUUUGAGAUCUCCUGCUAUCUUUCUAAUGACAACACAAUGAUUUAAAAGCACUUUCCUUGAAGUUUUUUGAUGUUGCGUCAUUAAAAGAGGUCGUUGGAAAACUCGUGUGAGGCAAGUUUUCGAUGGAUUAACAACCUUCAUUUAAUGGUUUGUGUCACUGAAAUACUAACGUUUGUGAUAAAGUAUGGUAUUGACACCCCAAAAAACUUUUGAAACAUUUUCAACGAUUUGUUGGGCGUGAUGACAGCCGAUACAAAAAAUUUCAAGCAAAAUCUGUUUUCAAUUUUUAUCCAUAGUAAAAAUCGCUUGACAAACUUUUUGCGUUGCAAAAAAAAAGUUGCCGAACACAAUCUUGUUCACAGAGAUCUUAAAUGAAAGGCGUAUGGAUAUCAAAAUUCAUAUAGAGGUAGAAAAAAGGUUGUGACAAUUUAAGAAAAUUUAAGAAAUUAUUUAUUGAAUCGGUGUGCCCUUGCAGUUUCAUUGUACCAGUGCGGAUCGAGCUUGAUCUUGAGUUUAGGUCCAAAUAGAUAUUUAAAAGUAUUUAACAUCGAUAUUCGGAAACUUUUCCUACCGAUAAUGUCAAAAUUUUUCCUUCAAGCAAAAUAAUUAUUUAGUUGGCUCCCGAAAUUUAAGAGUUAAAAAAACAAUAAUUACUCUAGUUUCGGAUUUGUGGUCUUACAUGUAUAGUUUAUGGACAUCUUCGGACUAUAGCGCCUCAUAUAUAUUUUUGUGUAUGUUAGCCUGAUUUAUAGCUUCAUUGUGAAGUCCAGUGAUAGGGUCAAUUUGGCCAUCUACGAAAAAUCAAACAACUUCUCCAAAGUCCAUUUGAAACGGCAGCCAUUGCUAAGACCCCUUUACCCACGGUUAAAGUUAUUAUACCAGCCUCUGCUUCGCCCCGGCAAAACCACAAAUAAUUAUUUGGAAAUAUUUCAUAAUUGAAGUAAUUGAAUCUGAUCAUUGUAAAUAUAUACAAAUGUAAUUAAAAUAUCAAGUUGGAAGCAAAGAGCAAAAAUUAAUAUAAGCAAAUAUUUAUAAUAAUACUCGUACAUAUACAUUGAAUAAUAGCAACAAAAGCGGCAAGACAGCAGACCAUUAAAUCAAAUUGACCAACUGCUUUAAUGCACAUAUAUAAAUAUAUACUAUAUAUACAUACGCAUUUUCAAUUUGGCUUGCGGUGCUUCGGUGCAUGUAAUUAUGUUUGCAUUAAAGCGCAAUUACUUCGACUAAAUAUGGUAUUUGGUAGGCAAGUUUUUGGUGAAAUAAGUACUGUAAAUGCAUUUCGUUUUAAUUAUGUACAAAUCUCCUUAAUGUUGUAUUAGCUAAGUGUUUAAGCGAUAAGCCGCUUCCAUUUGUGUGUAUGUGUGUAAUACUCGCAUUAUCUGCGCUUCUAGUGCAACUACUUUAAUGAUUACUUUAUUUUUAUAUUUCACUAACACAAACACUUGAGUAUUAGCAACAAAUAUACAUAAAUACAUACAUAUGUAGCAAGAGUGAAGCAGACAGGCGCUGCUAUGAGUGGAAUGCCUGGUGAUUAUAAAUCGCCUGCGGGCGGAGCAAUUCAAAUAAAUUAAAGAGAAAACUGUCUGUGUUAAACUGCGAAAAA